CUUCAGUCAUUCAACAUCAGUUCACUGAAGAAUUUUUACAAUCAUGAAGGCUUUCAUCGUUUUGGUUGCUUUGGCUUUGGCCGCCCCCGCUUUCGGUCGCACCAUGGAUCGUUGCUCUUUGGCCCGCGAGAUGUCCGACAUGGGUGUUCCCCGUGACCAGUUGGCUCGCUGGACCUGCAUUGCUGACCACGAGAGCAACUACCGCACUGGCGUGGUUGGCCCUGAGAACUCCGACGGCUCCCACGACUAUGGAAUCUUCCAGAUCAACAACUUGUACUGGUGCCAGCCUGAUACCGGUCGCUUCUCCUACAACGAGUGCUCCCUCAGCUGCAACGCUCUGUUGACCGAUGACAUCACCAACUCUGUCCGUUGCGCUCAGAAGAUCCUUGGACAACAAGGCUGGUCUGCCUGGGCUACCUGGAAGUACUGCGACGGCUCUCUGCCCUCCAUCGAUAGCUGCUUCUAAGCAUUUUUUCCUGAGUUCCUGAAUAAAUAAAUUUCUUAAUGCAAAAAUA